AUGAUGCUGCCGAAUCUUCCCCCGGAAUUGGUAGAGGAGAUACUCUCUAGAGUUGAGGUGACAACUUUGACUCGGUUAAGAUCUACUUGCAAACUAUGGAACAGUUUAUUCCAAGACAAAGGAUUCGUCGUGAAGCAGAAGCACUUAGCGAAACAGUUCGGGGUCCUCAUGUUGAAGGACUAUAGAGUUUGUCCGAUGAGUGUAGGCAAUCUCCAUGAUGAAAUUCACAAAAACGUUGCUGCUCCAUCUAUAGAACUUAAGGAGGGAUUUGACCUAAAGGAUUCUCGUUCUAAAUCAUCAGACCAAGUCGAUGUAUCCGAAAUCUUUCAGUGCGAGGGUUUAUUAUUGUGCACCACCAAGGACCAUAGUCUCGUGGCUUGGAACCCUUGUACUGGUCAAACCAGGUGGAUCCACCACAGUUUACUUAACAAGAGAAACUCUAAGUUUUUCCUUGGAUACGGAAACAACAAGUCUUGCCGUAACUACAAAAUCUUGAGGUAUUGGGAUGACGGCCAGCCAUGCAAAAAAGUUACGGAGUAUGAAAUCUAUGACUUUAGCUCUGAUUCAUGGAGGGUUCUCAAUGACGUCACUUGCAACUGUAUCCCGCGCCCACGUGGCAUGUCUUUGAAGGGAAAUACUUAUUGUUAUGGUUUGUAUAAGGAGAACCACGACUAUACAUUUUUACUCAGCUUUGAUUUUACUACAGAGGUAUUUAACAAACUCCUUUUUCCAUAUAAAGUUGCGGUCACUGAUCAUAAAAUUAUAGCUCUAUCAGUUGUUAGAGAAGAACAACUCUCAAUGUUACUUCAGCGUUAUGAUGCUCCAAAGGUGGAUGUAUGGGUGACUAAUAAGAUUGAUACUAAAGCAGCGUUGUGGAGCAAAUUCAUUACGGUAGACAUAUACAGUUCCGGUUGUUCUAUGUUUUCGACUUACGUGAGUUUCUUCGUCGCGGACAAGGAGAAAAAGAUGGCCGUGGUUUGUGAGCCAAAGUUCAGAGUUGAGAGAAACAACUUUGUAUACAUUGUUGGAGAGGACCGUGAAUGCAUAAAAAUCCAAUUUGAAGAUACAAGGGGUGGUCUUUUCAAUCCUUUUGUGAAAUCAUGUGUGCCAUUUAUUUUCAAUUAUGUUCCAAGUUUGGUUUAG